GACCUAUGAUAAGUUCCUUGAUAGACUGGCGAGAUAUGGAUCAGGUAUCCAGUCUCAAUGUUUGAAUGCUGCAGCAACUAUAAGAAGCCCUGUUUAUGAGUUUCCUGUCAAGAAAAUCCAUUCAACAUCAUUCAGCCCAAUGGACCUCAUGUCUUCAGUUUCCUAGAAACCGUUGAGGUGGGAAAAAAUCGCAGGAUACCACUGGAGUUGGAGAUUAAUUACAAAAAAUGGUGUUUCCGGAGUUUCCGGUUCAACUUUUUCCAAAACCCAUCUGGGAGGAUCAAACGGCAGAUUGGGCCAAUGGCAAGAUGAGAAGCUUCCUGCCCCAGGACAUUCGACGAGCUGCCUCGAAGCUGGGACAAAUUGGUGACGCAACGGCACGGCAACGGCACGCGGUCGAUGCGCUUUGUAGCUUUGGGUCAACUUCCCUGGCGUCACCGACUGUCGUGGCUUGCGUGCCGCAUUUGUGGAGGAUGACCGUGUGGAACCGUAUUGCAAGUUGGUGGGGGAUCCAGAAGCCUUGGCGAUUCCUUGUGAAUGGAAGGACGGCCAACCCUGAGAGACCUUUGUCCGAUUUUGUUCAAGUUGAUGACUCUGGUUUUGGAGAGAUUGUGGUACACCUGAUGAUGGGUCUGCGAGGCGGUGGCCCUGUCAAGCUUGUGACAAACGACCAAGUUGCCAUGUCAGAGAACUUCAGAGAUCUUGCCCAUAUGGAAGAGUCCAAUAUCGAAGGUGCUUUAUCUUUCGCACUGAAGGUCCUUGUUGACCCACAACAUGGUGCCAAGAGAUGUGACAUUCCCAACUUCCUGGAAUUGGAGGGAUCGACUCAUGGUUUGGUCAAUCCUGACCUGGCGCUGAAGCAUUACUCAAGGUGUGGCCCAGAGGACAGGACGAUUGCGGUCUUGACUUUCACAGGUGCCCUGCGUGGUGGUGGAUUUGAGAAAGACCCUGCCAGUGUUCAUGAACUCAAUGUUCAGCAAAAGAAUGGACUUGCGAAAUUCUUGCUGUCCCAGGGCGCCGACCUCAAGGAAAGCUUGCAUUUCAUAGAUUCUAUUGUGAGAAAUGCCGGUGCCAGUGCUGUAUCCAGUGUACUAGGACAAAAGCAGAUCCAGAGGAAGUGGGAGGGGCUUUCGCAGCUCGCCCUAGCGCUCCAUGUUCCCAUGCCUCAAAUUGCUGAGCGUUUGCAGAAAGCCAAAAAGAAGGCCCAACAGAAGUUCCAAAGUGUGUCCAGGAGUUUGCCUGCCAACUUACCCAUUGAAAGCAUUGUGAUCCAAAAUGACUUUUUCCGCAAUCAAGAUGACACGUCUUGCCAACAAAUCCAGAAGAUUUCCCCGAAUGUCUCUGGAGUCAUUGUCAUGAGAUUUGCUGAAGCUCGACAGUGGAUUGAGUCUUAUGCGACCUUGUCCCAGGAUGAACUUGCAAUACUCAUCAUCGGUGUAUGUGGCCAGGACGGAUCUGACCUUUGCAGAAAGAUUCAGGUACCAGUGUGUGUGCAUGGUGAACCCUUCAUUCUCAAAGCUUGCCUGCACCAAUUGGGAGGGAAAAAUGUCAAACUUGGAUCUGAGGACGAUGAACAUGUGAUUCCUACUAAUGACACUCAUGUUGUGUGCUUUACUGCCGUCAAAGAUGAUAUGCCAAAAGAAGAUUGGGACAAUGUUGUGGCUGCACCUGUGAAGCAUAUGAUGAGAAGACUUGGUGAUGACCUCUCGGAUGUGACUUUCAUUGCGCCACCAUGGGGCAGAUCUUUCCAAAAACAGGCCAAACAAGUUGCACCUGAUGCUGCGACCACCAUCCAGUUCCAUGCACGUAUUCGGAAAUCAGAUCUCCGAGUCGUUUUGAGAGCUUCUGGAAAUGGUGGGGUUUUCACUUGUCCCAAAACGGAAAACAAGAAAAUCUCUGGAGAUUAUAUGGUGGUUUGGACCAAGCUGACCGAAGUUGAACUUGCAGUCAAGAUGUCCCAGUGUGAGAAUCAUUUUGGGCUGGUUAGAAGCUUCAAAGGUGAUGCUGCCACAAAAGGUAUCCGUUUUUCCAGACGUGAUUUUCCAGCGGCAUUUGCGAAGUUGCGCCCGAAUGACUCCAUGCCAAGCAUGAUUUCUUCAAACUUCUUUUUUCGUGUUGAGCCGACUCCUGUUGGAACAACAAAUGAUCAGGUUUUGGAAUGGAUCAACAUGCAUGAGUGGAAGGCAAAACCUGUUCGGCCAAUCAGUGCCACGACCUGGUUGUGCGUUGCCGAGAAGAAAUUUGAAGAGGUCUUCCCGUUGUGGAAUGGGGAACCUGUUCUCAUUCGUUGGGUUCAAGACAAGAGAGAACAUCAACCGGUAGUUCUUGCUGGAAAUGUACAAAAAAAUUUGCCGAAUGGCCUGAUUGACACUCCCAAGACCACAAAUCAGGAGGGUGAUGUCUUGCAGAGUGACCCAUGGAGCAAUUGGAUCAAAUUGAAUGGGACGACAGGAAUCGCACAACCUGGAGCUGCCGGUAGGAAUGCCAUCCAACCGACUGCAGCACAGCCUCCGAGACGUCUUGAAGCGCCAAUUGAAGACAAGUUCCAACGCCAAGAAGAGCAAAUUCAGUUGGUCCGUGAAAGUGCUGAGAAAGAGAUUCUUGCUUUGAGAGAAGACAUGUCCAAAUUGGAAAAAAAUGGUUGA